AUGAAAAUCACAAGGAUUUUCGGCUUUUUAGCCAUUAUUUUAUUCUGCUCUAGCGGGUUCAGCGCCGGCGCUGCUUCGGACGACAACGAGUUUGCCGAGUUUGAGGAAGAUGAGUUUGCAGAUAGCGUCGUGGUGACGAACGCGCCAGAUGCAAAGCAAGAAGAUCGGAAAUCCGUGCCGCCCAUUGUUCAGAAAGACGAUUUUGAAGACGAUGAUUUUGGUGUUGUCGAUGAGGAUGAAUCUGAUGACUCUGAAAAAAUCAAAGAAGUAGAUCCAGAUGAGCCAACGCCAGUGCAAUCCUUGAAAUUCACCGAUGUCCCCGCCCAUUUCCGUUCAAACUGGGCAUCGUACCAAGUCGAGGGAAUCGUUGUGCUCAUUAUUUUCAUUUAUCUCAUCAAUUAUAUUAUCGGAAAGACUACAAAUUCCUCCAUUGCUCACACAGUUUUCGAGAUGUGUCGCCCGACUCUUGAGGAGCAAUUCGCAGUCGUUGGAGAUGACGGAGUGACCGAUUUGGAUAAGCUCGAGCCAACUUUGAAGAGAGACACCGACUCGUCGUUUUCCGCUUGGUGCUCAGGGCGUGUCAAUGUUCAUUCCCUCUUCUUGCAGAUGAAAACCAUCAAGCGCCAAGACCUGGUCUCCCGAGUCUUAGACAUCUAUGACCCUUCAUCCGACAAGAUGACCAUCAAAGUCAGUCUCGAAGGUGGAAACGACGUGGAUCCGCUGAUUUUCGCCGUUGGAGAGAAGAAAAUCGCGACGAAGAACUUCCGAGAAAUGUUCGAUUUGAAUAGCUACGUUUCCGAGAAGAAGCAAGUCGCUCAGCAGCUCAAUCUACCAGCCACGUGGCAACUCUACGCGGAUCAGAAUGAGGUGGUCUACUCGAUUCUCGAGCCAGGAGUUGUUUCAUUGUUGAGGAAACACGAGGAGGCAAUCGAAUUCAUUCACAUCUCCGAUCAAUACACAGGACCAAAGCCAGCCGAGGGAGAGAGCUAUACACGACUUCCAGAGCCACAACGAUACAUGUUCAUGUCGUUGAAUCUUGCGAAGCUGGGUCAGGAUGAGGAGUCUGCCGCUGAGAUUCUGAACUUGGUAUUCUAUUUGAUCGAUCGGGUGAAGAAGAUGAAGUUGAGUAAGGAUGCCAAGCAGAAGGCUGAACGGAAGAGAAAGGAGUUCGAGGAGGCUUUCUUGAAGCAGACGCACGCCUUCCGUCAAGAAGCAGCACAGGCUAGAAAAGAGGAGAAGACACGCGAGAGGAAGCAGAAGCUGAUGGACGAGCACGAUCCGGAGAGACAACGACGACUGGAAGCCAAGGAGCUGAAGAAGGAGGCAAAGGCGAAGCAGCCGAAGAUGAAGCAGAUGAAAGUGAAAUAA